GUGUGCCCUCAGUGAGGGCAUCGCAGCCCCGUGGCCAGGUUGUCAGAUUCCAGAAACUCAAAAAAAAAAAAAGGACAGGAACACGGAUUCGGCCGUGAAAAUGGCAAGAUACAUUCCCCGUCCUAAACGUUGGCACGCUCCCAAAGCGAGAGCGUCCUCCUCGUAUGAUGUAAACAGGGGGCGUUCGACAUCCCCGAGGAGGGGUGGAGGUGAUUCGAGUACCAAGUCGACCAGGGAGGAAACAGAGGAGAUAAGAGGCCAGAUCGAGGAACUGAACAAGAACCUUGCAUCAGUCUCGGAGUUUGUCCUUGCGGAGAAAGGUAGGAAGGCCGAAGAGGAACGCCUGCGUAUUGAAGCAGAAGCCGAAGCCGAACGACUGGAAGCUGAGCGAAAAGCGUGUGAGAGGAAGGAGCAGACGCGACUGGAGAAACGACAACGGGAUGAACAACGAGAUGCAGAAAUUGACAAGAAGUUGGAGAUUCAACUGGCGAUCAAGACGGGUGAUUUCUUCGAUCGUAUGGAGGCCAAUUUGGUGCCAGUAUUGGAUUUUGUGCACAAAGCGAAGCCGGCGAAGAAACAAGUUCACGCACCUGAUGAUUCCGAGGAUCGGAGUGGUGACAAUGCGACUAAGGAAAUUCGUACCCGUACACGUGGCCUGACUAUAAACGAGAAGAGAAAGAGGGGACCAGAGGUGGUUGUUGAUGAUAGCCCACCAAUAACUACCCCUGCCAAGCGCAGUUUGCGUCGGACGGACGCAAAGAAGAAGACGUCCACCCCGGGCCGGGUCACGCGAUCGAAGGCGAAGAUGAAAACUAAGCUAUCCCCAUAUGCUGAGAAGUUCAAGAAGACCCCGGGUAGGCCAAGUACACUCGAGAAACCGCGGUAUCGGAAUCAGCAGAUGGAGGAACCACGAUCACUUGAUGUCCUCGGAGUACAGGGUAUCUGCAAGGAUGAGCAAGUGGUCUACAACGGUGAGAUCGAUGCAAUGCGCUUUGGUGAUGUCGAACCCAUUGGUCUGCCGACCACGAUUGACCAACUUGGUGACGAGUCAACGACUUUGGAAACUGAAGAUGCUGAGCAAGAUGUUUGAUGGAUCUAGGGGUCAAACGAGAUAUGGCAGAUAGUUGAUUGGCUGACUAAGUACCGAAGUACUUUGAAGACCACGGACCGGUGUGCAAAGGAAUUGCUUCGACUGUGUGUUCUUGUGUUGAGAUUUCAGAAGGAGAUUAGGUGGAAUGGUAAGUUAGUCGACGCAUGGCGUAACCUAUUGGACACGUAUGGUACUGAUUUUCUAUAGUCGAGUAACGUCGUGUAUAUUGCUGUCUCUCCUUAUUGUAAGCAUCAGUACGUAGGAAAAACAACAGGUAAUGUAGAUAUCCGUUGGCGAGAGCACUUGGUCCGAUGUUGUGGUAAUAAACACGCUCAUUUUCA